UCUCCCUCUCUUCCCUCCUCUCAGGGGAUGUGUUGGGGAAGUUUUCCAGGAGGAGUUGUCUGAUAUGCUGGUGCUCCAGAUGCUUCAGUCAGCCACCAAGGCUGCUUUUGACAAGGACAGGGUUAAGAGUAAUGCGGUGCGUGCGUUGGGGAACCUGCUCCACUUCCUGUCUGUCAGUCAGCUGACCCGGCCAGGGUUCCAGCGCCCCCUGGAGGAGGCGGUCAGCGCACUGGUCACCACAGUCCAAUCAGAAGCCACGAUGAAGGUCCGCUGGAAUGCCUGCUACGCCCUGGGCAACGCCUUCAGGAACCCUGCCCUGCCACUCGAUUCUGCUUCCUGGUCCGGCGAUGCGUUUUCCGCUCUCUGCUGUGUUGUCACUUCCUGUCAGAACUUCAAGGUGCGCAUCAAGUCUGCCGCUGCCCUCUCCGUCCCCGCCUGCCGUCAUUGCUACGGUGAUGCGGAGCGGUUCGGGGAUGUUUGGCGCUCACUGGCCGCGGCAUUGGAACACAGCGAGGAGACGCAGGACUUCCUGGAGUACCGCUACUGUUCCUCUCUCCGACACACACUCACACACACCCUCACACACCUGCUACGACUCAGCCAAUCACAGGACAUGCCCGCCCUGGGGAUGUCGCUCAUCAUGGAGGAGUGCAGGGGCUUCAAGGAACACUUGGUAAAAUACCUGAGAGGGGAGGGGGGGACGGACGGAGGGAGAGGAGGAGGGACGGAAGGAGGGAGAGGAGAAACAGAGGGGGAGAGAGAGCGAAAGGGGGAGGAGAGAGUGAGGACUCUGGGAGAGACGCUGGAGAGACUGAGGAGUCUUUGUGUAGAUGGGGAGGAAGAGGGUGAUGAAGGGAGGGAUAGAGGAGAAGAAGAGAGGAGUGCGUUGGUGGUGGUUGCAUUUCUGGAGGACGUUCUGAGGAGUUGUGAGGAGCUGAAGGUCUCCCACUCAGAUUGAUCUCUAACCCCACACUGUAGCCCAACUCUUGUUUCUCUCCUCAUUCCCCCCAUUUAGGAGCAGGAUUUGCAUGAUGGACAAGAGGGGGAGUUUCCACCAUAUCCCUCACAACAGUCCAUUGUAAUGAAUGAGUGCAUAAUUCAGGAAGGAAGAGGGGGAACAGAAUGGUUCAGGACAGAGAGACUACCUGUUUCUGGGUUCAGGUGUAGAAGUGUCGACUGUGGAACGGUAAACUGUCACCUGUCCCAGUGUUUUAAUUUUAUUCAGCUUACAAAGUAAUAAAUCAAUUAUUAAUGAUGUUAAAGCAGAUGGUCUUCUACCGCUAAUACUGUUCUCAUUAGUACUACUGCUGUUAUUAUAGUACUAUAAGGGAUAACACUGCUAUUAUAGAAUUACAGUACUGUUAUUACUGUUAUAUUACAAUACUUUUGCUGUAGAAGUUGAUUAUAUAACAUUACUUUUGCUGUAUAAGUUGAUUAUAUAACAUUACUUUUGGUGUAGAAGUUGAUUAUAUAACAUUACUUUUGGUGUAGAAGUUGAUUAUAUAACAUUACUUUUGCUGUAGAAGUUGAUUAUAUAACAUUACUUUUGGUGUAGAAGUUGAUUACAGAACUGUUAUUAGUUAUAUGAUUACAGUACUAGCGCAUUAUUGUUAUUUGUGCUGUGUGUUUAUCAUUAAACCGGACCAGCGGGCGCUAGCCUCUAUCCCUGA